AUGGACAGCUUCCAGGAAAUAGGGCCCCCGGCCCACAGGCGCUGCUGCCCUGCACUCCAAAUGCUAUUCCCUGUGGGCUUUGCGGCUGAGGCAUGGGCACUCUUUGUCCUUUCUGGACCCCUGUUCCUGUUCCAGGUGCUGACAUUCCUGAUCUACAUGGUGAGCACGGUGUUCUGCGGGCACCUGGGCAAGGUGGAGCUGUCGUCUGUGACCCUUGCAGUGGCUUUUAUCAAUGUCUGCGGUGUUUCCGUGGGAGCUGGCUUGGCCUCGGCAUGUGACACCUUGAUGUCCCAGAGCUUUGGCAGCCACAACAAGAAGCACGUGGGCAUCAUCCUGCAGAGGGGCAUGCUCACCUUGCUGCUAUCCUGCUUUCCCUGCUGGGCACUCUUCCUCAACACCGAACAGCUCUUGCUGCUCCUUGGGCAGGACCCAGCUGUGUCCAGAUUAACCCAGGACUAUGUGAUGAUUUUCAUCCCAGCACUUCCUGCAAUCUUUCUCUAUAGCCUUCUGGCAAAAUACUUGCAAAAUCAGGGGAUCAUCUGGCCUGAAGUCUUCAGUGGCAUUGUGGGGAACUGUGUCAACGGCUUAGCCAACUAUGCCCUGGUUUUUGUGCUGAACUUAGGGGUCAGGGGCUCUGCUUAUGCCAACACCAUCUCCCAGUUCAUGCAAACCAUCUUCCUCUUCCUCUACAUUGUGCUCAAGAAGCUGCACUUGGAGACGUGGGCAGGCUGGUCCAGCCAGUGCCUGCAGGACUGGGGCUCCUUCUUCUCUCUGGCAAUCCCCAGCAUGCUCAUGAUGUGCAUCGAGUGGUGGGCCUAUGAAAUUGGGAGCCUCCUCAUGGGUCUGCUCAGUGUGCUGGACCUCUCUGCCCAAUCUGUCAUCUAUGAGGUGGCUUCAAUGACGUACAUGAUUCCUCUGGGGCUCAGCAUUGCGGUCUGUGUCCGAGUGGGGACAGCUCUAGGAGCUGCAGACACUGUGCAAGCAAAGCGGUCGGCCAUCUCAGGAGUGCUAUGCACAGUUGGCAUGUCCCUGGUCACAGGCGCCAUGUUAAGCAUCCUGAAGAAUAAACUGGGGCAUAUUUUCACCAAUGAUGAAAAAGUCAUAGCCCUGGUGAACCAGGUCUUGCCAAUUUACAUCGUCUUUCAGCUCUUUGAAGCCAUCUGUUGUGUCUAUGCUGGAAUACUGAGAGGUACUGGGAAGCAGGCCUUUGGAGCCAUUGUGAAUUUGAUCGCAUUUUACAUCAUCGGCCUCCCACUGGGUGCCAUUCUGACCUUUGUGGUUAGAAUGAGAAUCAUGGGUCUCUGGCUGGGCAUGUUGGCCUGUAGCCUCCUGGCAGCUAUUGCUUUUAUUGCCUACACUGCUCAGAUUAACUGGAAGUUAGCUGCAGAGGAGGCUCAGAAACAUGCAGGCCUGCAUCAGCAGGGAGCAGAGCCCACAGGUCCCAGACCUGGGCCUGAGAAGGUGGUUGUAUCUUCAGUGGCUAUGGGUAGCUCCCCUGGCAUUACCUUGACAAUGUAUUCAAGGCCUGAGUACCAAAUGGACCUCUUCAGGAUGCCAGAAACAGCCCUCGGCCUUUCAGUUUCUGCCAACACAUUGUCAGUGAAACAGCUGGCUGUCCGCCGUGGAGCUGCUCUGGGGGCAGCGUUAGCCACACUGAUCCUGGGGCUUGUUGUCAGGGUCCUCACAACUAGGCCCUAG